AUGCCGACGCCACUCCCUUCGAGUUUCGCUUCGGCCGCCGCUGGCAACACCCAAGACGCCUCAAGCAGGAGAGGUGAUGGAACCGCCAGUGGAGAAUGGUCUCGCACUCGCAUGAAUGGAGCAACACAAACCUUCCGUCGCCCAUCAGUUGCAACGAAUCCUUCGCAUUCUCGGGAUCCGACCUCCGCAACGACCCCAACCGGCGGUGCCUAUCCUUCGCACAUGAACUCAGCCCUCUCAAACGUGGCCCGUAAUGGAGCGCCUGGCGACACCCGUUAUUCAAAAGAGCAGCUUCUUGACCUGUAUAAGGCUCAGCGGGAUACUGGGGUUUUGACUAAACAUGUUGCGGAUUAUUUCGUCGCCGACUGGAACCCUCAUAUUGAAACACCUGCGGCGAAUGGGGUUUGGGGGAAGCGGGAUGACCAUAAGGACAAUCCAACCGGACCCGAGGUGUGCUGGGAACACGGUGGACAGAUUGAGCCGUUGGGACUGGUGGAUAUGACUGAGGAUGAGAAAGAGACAUUUUCCGUCUCUGUCAACUCUCCAUUGAAGCCACCUCCCACGAACGCCGCCAAAGAAAAUGCCGCCGCUGGCGGUACGGGACGCAGGACUUCCGUUUCUUACACGCAAGGGAACGCGCCUUACAACACGUCGUCUCCUAGCGCCGCAAGGCCGGGUCCUAGGCGCCGGGAAACCGGCGAUUCGAUCGGAAACCCUAUGUCUCCUACAACGGGCGGCUCCCGCUUUUUCCGUGACGAACCGAAUACCUCGACCCCACCUCCAUCCCUACUCCGCCGUAAAACCGACUUUCGAGACACUACAUCUGUCUCUAAGUGGGAAGAGAAGGAAAAGGAAGCCCAAGGCCGGGAGUUGACCGUCGAAACUUCUUCGCCCUUUGGUUCCCUGAAGCGUAGCUCGACCAACCCUGUCGGCCUGCCUGGUUCGACUUCCCCUUGGCCUUCAGCUUCGCAGAGUGCCAAUUUCUCGCCUAUGGGUGCAUUUGGAGCAUUCAAUAUUGGUACCUCGAGCGCUGCGCAAACCCCAACCACUGAAAAGCGGCCUGGGUUUGGCAGCUUGCGUGGAGAAAGUCGUCUCAAAGGGCUGUUCUCGAAGGACAGCAUGGAGGAUGUCCAUUCGCUGAGGGAGAAGCCGUCCUUGACCAAUCUGGAGCGCCUAGGCGAGAGCGAAGUUGAGAAACGGGCCCAAUCGCCAUGGGGUGAGCAAUUGAAAACACGCACCGGCCGGAGUGAAACCAACCCGUUCUCGGACGAACCGCGCAGUGGAAGCGCGGCUCUCGGUGGCUCCCAGGACACCCCAUCUCAAUCUGCUGAUCAACUGGGGUUCUCCGCCUUUGGAAUGACCUCUAGCAUUCCGGGCUUCCGUGACCUGAUGCAAAGCCACGAGAACUCGCGCAACCCGACCCCUCAUCUUCACGGCCGCGAACCUACCAGCCCCACUAACACGAACCCAUACCAAAGCCCGCAUGGCGAUAGAGGGGACGUGGAAGAUGUGGACACUGACGGCUCUGAUAUCCAGAAUACUAGCCACCCUGGACUCAGUGGUCUGCGAGACUCGUCUGCGUUUGGUUCCAUCCGUCGCGUGGGAUCCGGCAUGGACUUGCCUUCCAUUGAUCGUAGCCAAAACUCGAGCGUUGCAGGCAACCGCAACUUUGGCAAUUUGGGUGGCCUAGGCGGUCUUCCCUCCCUCGGCGGUGCUGGCUGGGCAUCUAGCGGAGCGGUUGGCACUCCGACCAAGGAGAGAUCUACCUUUGCGGCAGGCUUUGGAGACCCCAUCUUUGGUUCAAUGGCUGAUCUUCAGUCUCCAAGUCUGUCGACAUUGGGAGGAGGCGGUCUUUUUAGCCCGCAUACCGGGAUCUCAGGCACUGGGAGCAUUGGUCGCUCGAGUAAGCUCGGCUCGCUGUUUACUCAAGCGAUGCAGGAACAAUUCCAUAGCGAGCAGCCGAGGCAAGAUCUCGGCAGUCUAGAAGAGACGCAAGGAGAUCUUCCAGCAGACGCGCCUGGUCAACCGGUCCCUGCAACCACUUCGACCUCGCAUACCCCAGUUUCCGCUGUAGGUUCUAUUCCAACUUCCAUGGUUCCUGAAGGACAACAGGCAAGCCAAGCUGGAAGCGCUGGCUCGCUACCUGCCACUCAGCAGCGGACUAUGGUGAUGCCUGACCGCAUGCGCUGGAUCUACCGGGACCCGCAGGGAAAUAUUCAGGGCCCAUGGACAGGAUUGGAGAUGCACGAUUGGUUCAAGGCGGGUUUCUUCAGUCCGGACUUGCAAAUUCGAAAGUUGGAGGACCCAGAGUUCGAGCCACUGGCACAGUUGGUGCGCCGCAUCGGCAACUCACGGGAACCAUUCCUCGUUCCACAGAUUGGGGUUCCUCAUGGUCCCGAGCCAAACGCUGCUACGUGGGGAGCAGGAACAGCCCCUACCGGAUCUGCGCAGCCUCCAUUCCCCGGCAGCUUCCCAAGCUUUGGUACCACUUUGACUGCGGAGCAACAGAAUGCCCUCGAGCGUAGGAAGCAAGAGGAGCAGUAUCUGAUGGCACGGCAGAAGGAGCAUCUUGCUCAGCAGCAGGCUAUCAUGAAGCAGACUCAGUUUCAACCCGGCGUUCCUGGGAUCUUUCCUCCUCAGCUUCAACACCAUUCCAGUGCCCACAGCCUUCACAGUCAACCCAGCUUUGGCAGCAUCGCGUCUCCAAUUGGCUUCCAGCCUUCGCCGAUCCAGGGCCCCAUCCAACAACAGCAGCAGCCGGGCUCCAGUUUCUUUGACGCUCCAGGUGCGAUCAGGCCCAACACUUUGCCCAACGUUGGCUCUCAGAUGCUCGGAACGGAUUUUCUAAACAGCAGCCAAGAGCAGCUUCCUUCGCUGCUCGAUCGUUUGAACGUGAACAGGUCCGACCCUUUUACGUUCGGCAGCCCAACUUCGUUCGCCGCUCGACAGCCCGAUAACCUCUUUCCUAGCCCGCAGGUGGCAACCAUGCUGCAAGACCGUGCACGGCUCCAGCAGGAACAGGAGCAGUUUGACAGCACCCACGGUGACACCCUGUUUGACCAGCAGGCUCGUGAAGAGAGACUCCGUCAAUUUCACGCGUUGAGGGCACAGGAAGGUGAAUUUGGUAUGCGCACUGCGGAGGGCUUGCCUACCCAUCCCGCCACCGCGCCGUCCCAACCAGCCGAAGAUGUCGAGAAAAAUUCCGCGCUUGAGGAGCUUGCUACGUCUAUAACCAGCGAGGAGCCUGUUUUGACCCUUUCGCAGCAGGUCCAGAAGGCCGCACAGGAACAGGAGGAACAAGAGCAGAUGAAACAGCAACAACAGCAACAGCAGGCGCAAGCCGCCGCUGACGCCGCUUGGGCUACAAAGGAUCCCGCCAUGCCUCAGCCAUUUCCCCCUCCCCCCUCCGCUUCGCCUCUCCCCGCUCCUGCCGCUCAGCGCAACCGCCAGAACGUAGCGGAGUCUCUCGCCGCCAACUCGCGCUCUCAGACCCAGACACCUGUUGAGGCUCCCACGACUUCAGUUGCGCCAUGGGCCAAGGAGGUGAACGAGAUGCCAAAGGGGCCAUCUCUCAAGGAAAUCCAGGAGGCCGAGGCGCGCAAUGCCGCGCAGAGAGAAGAGCUGGCCGCAGCCGCGCGCCGCGCACAGCUACUUGCAGAGCAGGAACGUCUCAGCCAGGCUCAGGCGCAGCAAGCCCCCGGUCUCCCGUCAAGCGCCAACUGGGCCAGCGCUGGAUCUCCUGCCACUCCUACUUCAGCAGGCUCAGUUUGGAAUAACAAGGGUACCACUACCACCAGCACAGCAAAGAAGACGCUUGCUCAGAUCCAGAAGGAAGAGGAGGCACGUAAGCAACGUUCGGCUGCGGCUGCGGCUGCGGCUGCUGCUCAGAACAUCGCCGCCACCACUCCUGCUCCUCCCUCUGCUGGAAAGCGGUAUGCGGAUCUGGCCAGCAAAGCGCCCGCUGCCUCUCCAGUCAGCGCCGGCUCCGGUGCCUGGACCACGGUCGGUGCCAGCGGCAAGGCCAAGGCGCCCCCUGUUGCUCCUACCGGGCCGCGCUCCACCAGCGGGCCGGUUCCCAUCGUGGCAUCGCCUGUCCGUCCCAAGCCCGUGACAACGGCUACUACAACUCCCCGAGUCCUUCCCGUCAGCACACCUUCCAACCCCAGCCGGGCCAUGGAGGAGUUUACCAAGUGGGCCAAGUUGACCCUGGGCAAGGGGCUGAACAGCAACAUUAAUGUCGAUGACUUUGUCCAGCAGCUACAGCUUCUUCCCGCAGAGGCUGAAAUCAUCUCGGAUUCAGUGUACGCCAACUCGCAGACGCUGGAUGGCCGACGAUUUGCCGAGGAAUUUAUCCGUCGUCGCAAGCUGGCCGAUAAGGGAAUUGUGGAGUCGGUCUCGACGAGCGCCCUUGCGGAAAAGAACGGCGGAGGCUGGAGCGAGGUUGCUAAGAAGGGGUCUGCUAGCACACCCCGGGAGGAGGAUACGAGCAGCGCGGCAUUCAAGAUGGUUGCGCCCCGCAAGAAGGGCAAGCGGUGA